AUGCUCUGGCCUCGUUUCAGGCAGGUGCUCUUGGCAUUCUUGCCUGGUGCACCGUUCGCCUAUGCAGCUCCGACAGACAUUCCAUCGGCAGCUUCGUUCUAUGUUCCGAGCUUGCCAGACUUGCACCAGAACAACGUGCACCCUCUGCACAUAUUCGCAGGUCACCUUCCCGCAGACCCGAAUGCCGCUCAUCUCCCAGCUACAGCCGUCACCUCACACCUCUACUUUGUACUCGUCAAGGCGCGCCGAACCGCGGAUCGGGAGCGUAUAUUGUUCUGGUUUAAUGGAGGGCCAGGAUGCUCGUCGUUUGAUGGUCUCAUGAUGGAAGUUGGCCCCUGGCGAAUAGAUGGUCAUGGAGGCCUCAAAACCAUCGAGGGCGGCUGGGAGGAGUAUACCACCAUGGUUUACAUCGAUCAGCCUGCCGGUACAGGCUUCUCAUAUACCAGCACAAAUAGAUACCUGCACGAACUUGACGAGGUCACCUCGCAGUUCCUCGAAUUCCUGCGUAACUUCUACCUCGUUUUCCCCGAGUACAAGCGCAUGGACACUUACAUCGGGGGCGAAAGUUUCGCUGGACAGUACAUUCCUUACUUUUCGGAAGCGCUUCUCAAGUCGGACCUCAACGUGCCAAUACGCGGCGCAGCAAUAGGCAACGGAUGGAUCGACGCGCGGCGACAAUAUCCCUCCUACUUAGAUUACGCGGUCAAGCACGGCAUCGUGCAACCGAACUCUGAGCAAUACGACAAGGCUAAGAAGGCUGUCGAUGAGUGUAAUGAGGCGCUCAAAACAGUCGAAGGUGAACCUAUCAACGUGUCUGCAUGCGAAUCGGUGAUGGGCGCUGUCAGUGAAAUCCGCAACCGAAACAUCAAAGGACGAGACGUGUGUAUGAACAUAUACGAUGUGCGUCUGGACGAUGAGCAGCCCGCAUGUGGGAUGAACUGGCCACCAGACCUCGCGAAUAUCACGACGUAUCUCCAACGUCCAGAUGUCGUCGCAGCGCUUCACGCGCAGGCAAAAUCUGAGUCCUGGAAGGAGUGCCAAAGCCGCAUUCACAGAGAGCUCCGUCUGCACAGCUCGCCUUCGUCGAUCACCGUCAUCCCUCGAGUGCUCGAGAAGAUCCCGAUUUUGAUCUUUGCCGGCGAUCAGGAUUUCAUAUGCAACUAUAUGGGACUGGAGAACAUGAUCCAGGCGAUGACAUGGAACGGGGAGACUGGUUUGGGGAAAGUGGAGACGCAGACGUGGACUGUUGAUGGCAAGCCAGCAGGAACGUGGGUCUCCUCACGCAAUUUGACUUAUACCAAGGUGUUCGACGCCUCGCACAUGGUCGGCUUCGACGUUCCACAUGUGUCGCACGACAUGAUCCUGCGUUUCAUGGGCGUCAACUUCUCCGCGAUUACCGACGGUUCCGCUCGCAUCCCAAGCAGCGUCGGCGCCGACAGCAAGCCCGCGUUUGACGACGCGUUGCCAUCCGCAUCGAGUGUGCCUUCCAGCAAAACACCCGAACAGGACAAGGCGAUGUGGGAAGCUUAUUACAACGCUGGCUCUGCCGCAGUCAUCCUCGUCCUCAUCGGCAUCGCGCUCGUGACGUUCUUCUGGUGUCGCGUUCGCCGCCGUCGCCUGCAGGGGUUGUCACUCUCCGUCAACGAGGAGGAGAACAUUCCGCUAACGCAGAGCGGGCCUUCGCGAGACGAGGGCGGUGGCGUCGACGAGGAAAACGCCUUUCGAGCGAGAACGGGAAAGGGAAAGGGGAGGGAGACGGAGGAGGCCCAGCCGAUCUUUGAUGUCGGAGACAGCGAUGAGGAUGACCCUAAAAGUGCACGAUAG